AUCCGUUUUGUGCAUACCGAUCACUAGAGCUCCGAAAUGAAUAAAUGAAUACGAAUAUAGCUUAUAUUCAUGAAAACACCACCCACAGCUCAGAACAAAUUUUUGAAAACGCGUAAAUUACUCUAGUUCUCUUCGUCAACCUACUUUAUCUUAGGCCAGUAUCACGAGUGACGCGUCCAAAACGCGUGAUUUCGUGGUAAUGGCACCGAGAUGGCCGCAGGUAAACAAUGGUCCCGAAAACAUCAACGAGCAUGCCACAUACCUUAGAGAAGCAAGUCACCAAUUGCAGGCCGCGGAUAAGGGCAGGGCCAAUCAAAUACCCUGGAAUGUAGUUCAACCGUACAUUGCAUCCACCGUGGCGCUCAUCAGGAAGGUGCUUCAGCAGCCGUCGAUGAGCGCCGUUCUCCAGCAGAUUCAAGAUGCGGCUAAGGGGAUUGAGGUCAUUCGAAGAGACAUCACCGUCGUUAAAGGCUCCGUAGGACUCGGCACCACACCAUUGAACAUUGCGAACUUCACCGGCGGCAAGACUGCUACGCCAUCAUGGGCGCAGGUUGCGGCACAGGCCAAAGGCGCCAUGUUGCCGCCACCGCCACCACCAAUCCAACAAAGCCCACACGCCUACAAGACCUCGGCCCCAGUCACCGCAUACAGAGAUCGGGUUGUCACGGUCAGGCUGAAGGACCAGAGUUUUGUUCAACGGUACCGAAGCCAUCCAGUUGCUUGGACACGACAACAAGUACAAGCCUCAAUACGGCAGAACACCCCCUCCAACUCGGUUAAUGUGGUAGCGGCGUACCAGCUCAAAAGCGGAGAUAUCCAGAUAUUCACCAGCACGACCACGGAAGCCAGACAACUCAAAGAGCACAAAGGCUGGCUGAAAGGUCUAGGGGAGCAAGCUGAACUCAUCAUGCCGACCUACGGUGUCAUUGUCCACGGCAUCCCGACCAAUUCGAUCAGCAUCAAAGAUCAGAAAGCCACCAUCCAACACAUGCUGGCAGACAACUACGCAGUGAUCUCUUGCGCCGAGAUCAGCUACGUGGGGUGGCUGACCAAGGAAGCCAGCCUCAAACGGGCGUCCUCGAUCGUCGUCGAAUUCACCGACCCAGAAAUGGCCAACGCCAUCAUUUACGCUGGCAUGGCAUGGGAUGGCCACAUCCACCAAUGCCAACUCUACGACCGCGCCUGCAGGGUGGAACAGUGCUUCCGUUGCUACCAUUAUGGUCAUAUCGCCACUCAAUGUAACGCAUCCCAGACAUGCGGCUAUUGUGCGGAGCUACACGAGUCCAGACACUGUAAACAGAAGGGACUGGAAGGGUUUGUACCGCGCUGUACGGUGUGCAAAGGUGCCCACACCGCAUGGAGCAAUGCCUGCCCAGCCAGAAAGAAGGACUUAGAGAGAGUGGAACAAGCCAAGCAGAUCCGGAGCAUCUAUUGGCAUGUCCCUGCCAAAGCGAACACCACGCGACCGAGAACAGACAACACAACCAGCAGCAGCACCGUCCGGGAGGCCGCUCAACCGAGAGAUCCUUGCCCGGCUUCACCCAUUCCGGCUCAAGCGACGACCAGGGGGCAGGCAACUGCGUUGACAGGAGCGCCCGAGGCAGCCCAGGGACCUCACGAAGUCAUUGCGACACAAACGCCGGAAAUUCCAGCCGGCGGAGAGGAGUGGACAACGCCAGCGACACAGCAAGAGCCCGCACAACAACAGCCAGAUCUGCCAAUCGACCCACGACUCAGGCAAACAGAGGAGGAUUUUGCCCUAGUUCAAGCAUCCCAGGGCAACGCAGCUCGACUAUCCACGCAGCGGAUGGACGCCCCGAACGAGGCGUUUGAAAUGCAGGACACCGGUGCCUGGCUCGACAACAUAUUCAACGACAACGAGGACGUGUGGAUACCGGACACGGCACAUGCUGAAUUGGAGGACGUUCAAGGGGUGCAGGUGCCCGACACACCAGCACCUGUACGACGACUGGCCCACACGCGAUGUGGAACUAACCAUCGCCAAAUGCAUGACAAUAUGUGUAUACUGUGGGGUCGACUACCAGAGAGCGACGACACUACGGCUGCAUCUUAA